AUGAUUGUAAGACGUUUAUUUUCAGUAUCAAGUUACUCGUUUUUCUUAAAGAAACCUCAGUUUGAUGUGAAAGGAAUAAUAGAGAUGAUCCCCCAGUAUCAAACUUCUAUUCAAAAUAGAGAGUUGAUAGAAGCUGAUAGCAUAAUACUAAACUUACAACAACUAAGUGAACAAUAUCAACGCAUAAAAACGAUUGAUAAAAUUAUAGCGGAUAUUCAGAUACAGAGAAAAUCAAUUGAAGCACAAAUUAAAAAGGAUAGAACGAAGAUUACAGAAUAUUCGGCUACAUUGAAGGCCCUUAAAGAGCAAUACCAAGAUCAAGAUAAUGAAUUAUCGGAGCUGCAAAAGAAAGUCUUCGAGACUUGCAGAUCACUUCCAAAUGUCUUGGACCCUACGGUUCCGUUAAAGGCCCCAAAGAUUGAGCAAUGGAUAAACCCUUUAAAAGCGUAUGAAUCUUCGGAAGCUCAGGAACACGUAGGUAUUAUGCUUAGAAAGGAAAUUCUGGAUUUACAGACUGCCUCAAACAUUACAGGAACAUCAUGGUACUAUCUACUAAAUGACGGAGCACGUCUUGAACAAGCUUUGGUAGCGUAUGCCCUGAAAAAGGCAAAUGACCAUGGGUUUGCAAGCUGCACACCACCAAGCAUUACGAAAAGAGAUUUAAUAGAUGCAUGUGGGUUCAAUCCAAGGGAUAUGAAUAAUGAACGGCAGAUUUAUGCUCUUCAGGACACUAACUUAGGAUUGGUUGCUACUGCAGAAAUAUCCAUGGCAGGCCUAGGCGCAAACAAGGUCCUAAAUUUCAACUCGGAUGAAUGUUCCAAGAAACUCGUCGGUGUGAGCAGAUGUUACAGAGCUGAAGCGGGUGCCAGGGGAAAGGAUACGAAAGGUCUUUAUCGCGUUCAUGAGUUCACUAAAGUAGAAUUGUUUUGCUGGAGCAAACCAGAAAAUAGUGCCAAAAUUCUUGAAGAAAUAAAGCAAUUCCAAAUUUCUAUAGUAGAUGAAUUAGGUUUAACAGCCAAAGUGCUUAAUAUGCCUUCAAAUGAUCUCGGUAAUCCCGCUUUCAAGAAGUACGAUAUUGAAGCUUGGAUGCCAGGAAGGGGAAAAUUUGGUGAGAUAAGUAGUGCCUCUAAUUGUACCAAUUUUCAAAGCAGAAGAUUAAAUACAAAGUACAAGAACGAUAAAACAGGAAAGUUAGAAUAUGUACACACGCUAAAUGGUACAGCGAUGGCCAUCCCAAGAGUGAUGGUAGCCCUGGUAGAAAAUUUUUAUGACUCAAGCACUAAUAAAAUACAUGUUCCUAAAUGUUUGAGGGAGUUUUUGAAUGGUCAACGAUAUAUUUAA